CGAUUGCCCUAGCGCCACCAACGCAUGCACAACCAGCAACUUCGCGGGUGCCACAAGAAUCUGAGAAAACCCUACUUACCGUUUUAGAUGUCUAGCAAAUCCCGAUUACUAGUUUUGUCUUAGGCUGCUAGGACGUCGCAUCGCAGUGCAACUUAGUAGCGUCAAUCGCCGUCAUGGUAGAACGCGCGGCCUACCAGCGGUCGCGCAACCCGUCGCAGCAGCGGCGGGUGUCGCAGCAGCAACAACAGCAGCUUGGCCAGUCGCACAGCCAAGCCGCACAGCCGUCGCAGCAGCCGCAGUCGCAGCAACAAGAACAGUCCCACGCGCACAAUAUAAGCGCGACGACUACUCAACCCCCCAACGCGCAAGCACAGCUACAGCCACAGCAGCAGCAGCCGGCGCAGCCGGCGCAGGCGAGGGCGCAACAACGCCCGCAGCAGCGGCAGCAGCAGCAGAAGCGGCAGCAGUUGCGGCAGCCCGUGGGGCAACGGCGCACGUCUCAAGCGCAGGCCGCGCAGCAAAGUGGGGGGAAUGCGGGGAAGGCGCAGCCGAGUCAGGCGGAUGCGGGGAAGGCGCAGCAGGGUCAGGGGGAGCAGGGGAAGGCGCAUCCGUCCGGCGGCGCAAAUCCGCCUGCGCACGCUCCGCUUCCGCCCCUGCCGCGGAAGCAGCAGGCGCGACCGCAGGCGCAGCGGGAGCAGCAGGGGGAGCAGCAGGGGGAAUUGCAAGCGGAGCAGCAGGGCGGGCAGCAGGGGGGGCAGCUGGGGGCGCAGGCGCAUAGGCAGCAAGAGCCAGCACAGCAGCCGGAACAACACCAGCAGCACAGUUUUUCCGGGCAGAAUGGAGCUCACGUGCAUACGUCCGGGCAGUCAAAAAGUUACAUCCAAGUGGACGGGCAGGAGCAGGGGCAACCUCAAGGGCACCCUCAAGGGCACGGGCAGGUGUCCGGGCAGGUUCCCGCUGGGCAGGUUUCUGGGCAGGGAGCAGAGCAGCAGGUGCCAAUGCACGAGGGCCACGUGGAGCAUGCUAUUCUGCCCGAGCGACCGGAUUGGCUGGAUGAUUAUGAGAUAGUGGGCAAAAUAGGCGAGGGCACGUAUGGGCUGGUGUAUUUGGCUAAGGACAGGCACAAGGGCAAGGGGUCGGGGCGGUCGGCGCUGAAGAAGUUCAAACAGACCAAGGAGGGCGACGGCGUUUCGCCCACUGCGAUCAGAGAAAUCAUGCUCCUCCAGGAGUGCGCCCAUGAGAACAUAGUGCAGCUGUUGAACGUGCACAUCAACCACAAUGACAUGUCCCUCUUCCUCGCCUUCGACUACGCUGAACAUGACCUCUAUGAGAUCAUUCGAUUCCAUCGCGAGCAUCUGAAGCGCCCUCUUUCUGAGUACACUGUGAAGUCGCUGCUCUGGCAGCUGCUCAACGGGCUGCACUACCUGCACAGCAAUUGGAUCAUUCACCGAGACCUGAAGCCGUCCAACAUUCUUGUGAUGGGCGAGGGUGAGGAGCAGGGCGUGAUAAAGAUCGGCGACUUUGGGCUCGCUCGGAUCUUCCAGGCGCCGCUCAGACCGCUCUCAGACAAUGGGGUGGUGGUGACCAUCUGGUAUCGAUCCCCAGAGCUGCUGCUUGGCUCGCGGCACUACACGUGUGCUGUGGACAUGUGGGCGGUGGGGUGCAUAUUCGCUGAGCUGCUCACCCUCAAGCCCUUGUUCCAGGGCUUGGAGGACAAGACGUCUGCCAACGCUUUCCAGAAGGACCAGCUGGAUAAGAUCUUCCGAGUGCUAGGCCACCCCACGGUGGACAAGUGGCCCAUGCUGCAGUACCUGCCGCACUGGCAGGCCAACAGGCAGCUCAUUCAAGAUAAGAAAUACCCCCAGCCCGAGCUCUACCGCAUUCUGCACAGCUGGUCGCCCAACUCGCAUGCUGUCAACCUGCUGCUGCGCAUGCUAGACUAUGAUCCCAAGAAACGAAUGACGGCAGGGCAGGCGCUUGAGCAUGAGUAUUUCCGCAUCGACCCUCUCCCCGGCCGCAACUCCUUCUUCUCCGGCCACCCCAUGGAGCGCCCUGUAGUCUACCCCAAGCGCCCAGUAGACCUGUCGACAGACUUUGAGGGCCUCUCCACCAUGACCUCCGCUGCCGCCACCUCGCACGUGGCUAGCCUUGCUGGCAUGCCGCAGCAGCAGGGUCAGCAUGAGGGGCAGGGGCACCACCAGCAGCAUCAACAUCAGCAGCAGCCACCGCAGCAUCAACAUCAGCAGCAUCACAGGCACCAUCAGCAGCCGCCAGCCCCCGGGCAGCGCAUGGCAAACGUGACGCUGCUGCACCGAUCAGGGUCAACCGGGUCAGGGUCAGGAGGGGAGGGGGGCGCUGCUGCUGUGGGCGGUGGUGGGGGGAGCAGGGGCGGGGGGCAGGGUGCAGGGGGGGGUCAGCAGAGCCAUCACGGGCAGCAGCAACACCAUAGCCAACAGCUGCAGCAGCAGCAGCAGCAGCAGCAGUUGCCUCAGGGUCAGAUGCAGCAACAGGCGUCUCAGCAGCAGCAGCAGCACCAUUUCCACCCUCCCUCACAGCCACGCAGCACGAGGGAGAGGAGCGGGCCGGCGCAUGGGCAACCCGCCCCCAAGACUCGCCGCAUUUGACCUCCACUAUCCACAACCCCACAUCUGUCGCUUCAGAGUCGGGUCGGCUCAAACGUCAUCUCCACAAAUGUCAUUGUGUUCACCUACGUACAUCGGUUGCAUUGGUUUUUGAGAAUUCAGAAGUCAUCUCCAAUUGGUUCAAAAGCCAUCUCCACAAAUGUCAUUGUGUUCACCUACAUCGGUUGCAUUGGUUUUUUAGAGUUCAAAUGUCAUCUCCAAUCGGCUCAAAAGCCAUCUCCCUCCACAAAUGUCCUUGUGUUCACCUACAUCGGCAUGCGGCCCGCCGUACCGACAUGUGCUCAGGCAUCCUAGUCAUCUCAUCCACAGUCCACGUGGCAUCUGUGCACCGCAUAGAACCCCUUGCACCGCAAAAGCGACCAAGGACACCGGAGGCAAACUCGCCACCACGGGUAAUAAAUUUCGUAAGUCUGAUUUUUAAGACCAAAUGAAAAAAUGCCCUGAAAAAUCAGGGCAAUCAGGGCAUUUUACCCGGCUAAUUUGAGCCCUGCCCCUUGCCCAUUGGAGCUCUUGCAAGGUCCGGUCCGGUGGGUUCCAUUCAAUUGUCCCCACUAGAAGGUCACCCGUUUCUAGCCGAGUAUCUUCAGCAUCGUCGUCUCAGCACAUAAG